AUGAUGCUGAUAAUACCCAGGACAACGAAAGGCACCGUCUAUCCGCAUGAACUUGCAAACUUCAAACGAGAUGUCGAAGACCACAAAGCAUAUACUCCGAUUUCUCCUCCGUUACCAAAUUCUGCUAGACAGGGUCCUCCCGAGUUACCCACAGCAUCCCCCACGGAGUUGGGGCUCGCUCGAUUUGAACCAUACAAAUCACCUGUGCCGGCUAUAGUCACAACCAUGGACGAUGGAACAGUUUUGCGGAACAGCACGGACUACGAGCAUUUUCUCAAGAGUGACAAUUUACCGCCUCGUUCAACCAUGCGUCAAAGUCAAUUUUCAACGGUUAGCUCGAUUAUUUCAAAAGACGGUGAAGCACAUUACGAUGACGACCAUGAAUCCGAAGAUGAAGUUGAGCGUGAAUUAGAAAGACAACUCAGAAGUUUAACUGUCGGCGACGAUGCUGAAGCGUAUCCUGCGCAAGCAGCUCCUACCGAAAGGAAAAUAGUUGACGCCGUGCCCACUAUAGCAUCUCCCAACUCCGAGUAUCCAAAUGAUUCGGAUGUUGAUCUCAAUACCGAAGAUAGUCGAAGACUGUCCAUCAAGCCCCUCAAAACUGAAAGAAUCAAGAGCAUACAAUCAGAGGUGAAACCUUUAAGUCCCAAAGUACACCAGAUUGACGAAGAACUUCGAGGCAUGAAUUUGGGACGUGAUCCAAUAAUUUCAAUACCUGAGGAUUUCGAAAAUAGUGAAGAGGUGUUUCCACCAGGACGAGGACCUUGUCGGAGCUGUAAAAGGAACAUCGAAGUUAAUGCCACCGGAAAAGAAAAAUCGGUUUAUUCUCGUACUGGAGAACUUAGUGGGCAAUGGCAUCGUGGGUGCUUUAAAUGUUCAUAUUCAGGUUGUAAAGUGACUUUCAAAAAGUCGGUGCCUUGUUAUGCAUUCAACGAUCGGCCAUAUUGCAACCACCACUACCACGAAGUGAAUGACAGCUUGUGUACCGAGUGCGGUAGUGGAAUCGAAGGUGAGUGUAUUGAAAAUGAGCUCCAGCAAAAGUGGCAUAUUUCGUGCUUGCGCUGUGAACAUUGCAGCCUGACUAUUCGAAGCGAUUACUAUCUCAUUAAUGGGACAACCUACUGUGAAACCGACGCGCUUGCCAUUAUCAAUGGCCAAUCUUAUAGCGAUGCAGAUGGAAACCUUCGUGGCCUUUCGACCACUGACCGCAUCGAAAAGAGGAGAACUCGGAUGAUGUAUGUGGAACUAUAA